GGUUGAAGUGAUUUCAAUGGUGGCCUACUCCAUACACGACAUAUUCACUAGUUCUCUUAGUGGAGUUAUUAGUAUCUACUUCCUCCUCUCAAGCUAUCUAGUAUCUACUAAGGUACUGGCUAGAUAAUAUCUGAAAGUGCUAGAUAUCUAGUACUAAAGGUGAUCACUUUGAUCUACUGAUAUCAUUUAACAUAUGAUUUAGUCAGGAUUUGCCAACAGAAACCUGGGGAAUCUCACAGAUAAAAUCGUUAUAUAGGCCUGGAAACUGUUGAUUUCUUGUUCCUCUCAAUACGCACGCCAAGAUGAUAUGCACGUUCUAUCGACUCUCAAAAAUCCGGCGCCAUCCUCUCUCGUCUCCCCUUCGCUCCCUUCCUCGCCACGAGAAUAAUUAAACACUUGACACGUCGACGACUUAGAAGAAGCGGCCAAGCAAUGGUUGCCGAGUUCUUGACGAUCCGCAAUCUCACCCCGACGCCAAUUGCGUUAAAGCAGAUCGACCGGUUCUUCCCCUACGGGCACCAGCACAAUGGCUUCUAUACAAUGGCUCGCAAUUUCACCAGAGCUAUCACGCGGGCAAGCGAGCCGGUAGCCGUUAUCGAGCCUGACGCGCAGCCGUUCAUUACUCAGGAGGUCGAUGUGCGAGUCGAGCCCUUCCAGACGGUCCAGACAGAGCUGCGGGUGGUUGUGCAGGACGAAAGGGAGCGACUGCGGUUAGUAAUUGAGGCAGAAGGAGAGCGACACCAGAUCCAGACGCCCGUGCCAACCUCUGAGUCGGCGACGAUGAAGGCGCUAUGCGACCAGCCACGCUUCGAGUUCACGGGGAUCUACAUCACGCCCGAGUCGCAUCUGGCGGUCUACUCGUCGGCGAAGAUGAACGCGUGGAUGCAAGAGCUCCGGGACGAGACCUUGCUAUCCUCGCUGUCGAUCCCAGGCACCCACAACUCGCCGACGUGCCAUGUCGCGCCCCCCUCCGUGCGCUGCCAGGCCGUCAGUCCCCGCGAACAACUGGAGAACGGCGUGCGCUUCUUCGACAUCCGCGUGCAGCCACAAUGCCCAGAUGACCCGGCAAGAGAGGAGCUAAUUCUGGUGCACAGCGUUUUUCCCAUCUCUCUCACAGGAAGCAAGUACUUCCGGGAUCUGAUGUACGAGGUCAACGAGUUUCUCGAGCUCAACCCGUCCGAGACGUUGAUCGUUUCGGUGAAACGCGAAGGACCCGGAAAGCACACCGAUCAACAGCUUAGCCGCAUUUUAUAUGAUCACUACGCCGGGCCCGGCAGUCGCUGGUACACCGCCCCCAGAGUCCCGACCUUGGGCGAAGUCCGAGGCCAGAUCGUCCUCGUACGCCGCUUCGACCUUGAGGAGAGCCUGCACGACGAGCACGAUGGUCUCGGUUGGGGCAUCGACGCGAGCAGCUGGGCAGACAACACCCCGCACGCCACCUGUCCCAGCGGGCAGAUUUGUAUCCAGGACUUCUAUGAGGUGCUGAAGACGGAGAUCAUCACCAAGAAGAUCGAAUAUGUUUGUGAACACCUUGGCCGCUCCGGCAUCACUAGGUAUCCGUACAACUUGCAGAAGCAGCAACACCUUCACUUGACUGCAGGCAGCGGUCACCAGCACCACCCGUUCUUCAUCAACUUCCUCAGCGCAAGCAACUUCUGGAACGUCAGCACCUGGCCCGAGGAAAUUGCUGCAAAGCUUAACCCGGCCACCGUGGACUAUCUGUGCCGCAAGCACAGCGAAAAGGAAGACGGCGACUGGUCCACGGGCAUUCUGGUCACGGACUGGGUUGGCCGGAAUGGUGAUUGGGAUCUCGUGAGAUGUAUUGUUGGCAUGAAUGCGAAGCUGAGAUCGAGGGGGUAGAUUAGUCGACACUUAAAUAAAGGAUUUCGGUAAUAAUUAAUUAGAGAUAAUACAUGAUUCAUGUUUGUCAAUAUGACUUAUUAUGAUAAAGGUAUGUAAAAUUGGAC